AUGCAACAAGUUGUCAACCUUUGUGGUAGGAACAUUGUGCUCGAAAGCUUGCCUCCUGGUGUUGACUUUCGAGAGACCAGCAUCCCAAUGGAUGGUGGGCCACCUCAGGUGACAUACGAAGGCAACGGACUACCAGGUAACUCCAUAUCACUCCGAGAAUGCAGAAGAGAAGCAAGAGCGAAGUCCAAAUCCAUCGUUGAUAACUACAAGCUGCUCAACAAUGUGCUGGCAAGGUAUGAAGACCUCAUUCGGACCCGAUGGUCUAAGAAGACGCGAACGCAACGCAAAACCAUACUCCAUAAUUCGUGGCAUACUACGAUACCUACUUCCCACCGCGCAGAUCUCAUUGCAUUCCGUAGGAGCGAGCUUGAUGUGGGGGGUGAAGAGAGAAACGAAGACAGUGCGUACUGGUGGCCGCAUAUCAACGAGGAAGAUCUUCUGACUCCUGCGACGAUUCCCCGCUUCUUGAACUCGAGGGGCCGCAAUGCGCCGAGUGUGUUUGUGGAUAUGGACUGGGAUAGAUCGCGGUCUCUGCGGUUAGAUACCAAGGAUGACGAGAAUGACGAUGAAGAGAUAAAGGAGGAAGAGGAGGAAGACAAUAAAGAUGAUGACAAAGACGUAGAAUAUCUGAUGAACCUAAGAUCUGCCGAUUUGACCGAGUAUGGCAAGCUGGUGAAAGUUCCUGCAGGAGCUGAAGAUGAAGGCAUCAAGAUAAGCGCAACUCGUGGUCUUCUGAUUUUGGAAAUUCAGAAGGCUGUCAUGGAGUUUCUCAUCAAUGUCUGCCAAGGCAUUCUCCACGAGAAAGAUCUUGACCCAACAGCACUUCAACAAUCGCCUAUCCACGCCCGACUGCGCGAGCGGGAAGACUAUGCCUGGGCUAUGCGGGAGGAUCCAUCUUUUUUCGCUGUUGUUGUCAAUGACUGGAAUCAGAUUCCACCAGACGGUAAAAAGAUAUCUCCCAACUUAUCGCAUCCAAUACGCAUAAGGCAACAUUGGGACCGCACAGUCAGCAGCGCUAUCAACGAGGUCUAUGGAUAUCUCGUCAUCUGGAAGUUGAUGAGUGACAAGCUUGAUGCUAUCAUAGAACUCCAGAAGCAACAAGCCAAGGGAAACUAUGGUCGACCAGAAGACGUACCUGGUUUAGUGGAUGCUGUGCGGAUACUAAAGGUCAUACUCGAUGUGCGCGUCGUGGAGAAGCAACAAAGGGAGUUGGGAUUCAUACUUCUUUCUUCACCGCCGAUGCGCCCACUCUUCAUAACAGACGGUGGACCUGUUUCGGGGAGGAAUCUUGCGCCCCCCGCGACCUUGGUCAUGGAGAUGCUUCGCGUCAUCCAGCAAGACAAGACGCAGAAGCCCAGAAUCACGCCCAUGGUUGCGAGAUUCAUGUCUGACCUGGGUCUUGGGUACGAACUGCGCUCGCGUCUGAGCAUCCUAUGUCCUCAAAUCUUUCAACCUGGAAAGAAAGAAGAAGCACGCACCAAAGUAGCUCUGGACUCGCUCAAGUUUGAUCAAGCCUUUCUAGCAAUGUACGACCUCAAGAUGAUUGUCAGUCCAUUCUACGCAGGCAAAAACUUCCUUCGUCUAGGAGACCUCGGCGAGCCAUUCACCCUGCCCUACCCCGUGAGCAAACGACGUACAAAAGAGAGCGUCGAAACUAUGCAGGCCUCCGAGCGCCGACUUGACGCCCUGUGGGAAAAGUACGACGAGCAUUUGAAAAAGCUUCUCAAACCCGAAGUCGAAGCCUUCCUCCAAAAAUCCAUGCCCGCGCGAGGCGAGCUACAACGCACCACCGACUGGGUCGAGCCCGAGAAGCCCGCCAAAAAGGCGCGACAAAACGAGGAAUACAUAACCCCUGUAAUCCCCGAACCAAACCCCGAUCCCAGCACCACCCUCCCCAUCCGCAAGGAAAAGCCAAAAACAUGCGGAACCCCCGCCCCAUCUCCCACAGAACCCGCAUCAUCAAUUUCACACUCCCAAACCACCGCGCCUUCUACCCCAGUCUUCACCCCUGAAAAACUAUACGGGUCUGUGUGGCGGUUUACGCCAAAAGAUGGCGGGAAGCUGUUUGGCACCGAGGCGCCGAUUAACUUCCACGAGCCGCAUCCAGGUGUCAAGUUGACGUUUGAGCGAGCGAGGAACUAUGGGAGGAGGCUGACGAGGAAUUAUGGGUUGGAUGGAGGCAGUUUUACUCUGGCUUAG